GUGGGAGUUCCUUGGGGUGCCCCGCCUUACUUGGAGGGGAGGUUGCUCUCCGCCUCUGUGGCCUUCAAGAGAAUUCACAGCACCAAUCCCCUCUCACCUACUGGCCACCCGCAGCGAGACGAGCACAACAGCACCUGCAGCUUCGUUAAGAGGCGGAUGAGACUGUCUUUGCCGUCUAUAGCGGCCUCGCCUCCUAAAGCGCUCUUCGCUUUGCACAUCGUUUGGUGGUUGGGCGCGCUUACUCUUCCUCCUCUUCAAUCUUCCGAAAAUACGAUACAAUCGGUUGCAGCUGCUUCGAGAGGCUGAUGGCAUUGUGCUCAGCAUCCUCAGCAUCCCCAGCGUCCUCGUCUCCCCUAGAGGCGUGUCUCGCGGCGUGCAUUCGGUGGGCGAGGGCGUGGGCGAUCGCACUUACCUCGCUCUCACUCCUCCCUUCACGCAAUCCUCGACAACACCACGCAAAUAUCUGCAGCGCCGACACAGGGCAGGAUGGCACUGCCCCAACCGUCCCCCACAUCUCCAGCUUCUUACGAGACGUCUCUCGCAGCCCCCAAUCGAUGGGGACGGCGAUCGCGCUUCUUUCACUUCUCCCAGUCCCCUCUCCCACCAACCCCCCACGCAACACUACACGAUCCGCAGCAGCACCAUCCACUGGUAGGUGGGAUUGUCUUUGGCAUCUUAGCACCCCAGUCUUGCUGGAUAGCUGGUCUUCCAAAGCGCGGCAGGUCGUGGGUUUCUUAGGUCACCAUGGAUACACUAUUGAUGUUCCCCACAAUCUUGACCCGGUCUCCUACACCACCACAUGCUCCAAUACUUCUCGUAAGGUGGUCUAGAGGCAUACCAAGGCUUGAUAUACACCCCCGUCACGUCUACAGACGGUCACUCGCUCGAUGAGGCCUGCAAUUGCGACUGACGAUGGCCUCUGCCUCCGCUAGGCUCUCCACACCGUUCCAAGUUGAAACGAAAAAUGGUAAGUCUUGACCUGAUUCUCUCCCACAACCCGAUUAUUCCCUCAAACGAUAAACAUGGCUG